AUGAAACAAUUCGAGCUGAAGCUGAAGAAGGCAAUCGAAAAGGUGAAGUUGGUCCUGGAGGCUGAGAAGACACCGCAGAUCCCAGCGCAGGUGCAUCACAGCUACGAGGACAAGUUCAGCCUGGUGGAGCGAGGAACCUGCCUCGCCUUGGCAUCAUUGACAAAUGGUUUGGGUGCCUUGGGCCUCAGCAAUAAACAUCUGGCUCAGCUGCAGAAGUGGGCAGAAAGCAGUGCAGUGUCCCUACGCUUCAAGGCCAAGGAGACCUGCGAGUUCCUUCGAGAAGAGACACGCGACGAGGACUCGCCAACGAAACGCGUGACUGAGGUGCAGGUGGGUGGUGUGGCCUUCGGUUCAUUCUCCAGCAAGACCAUCACAAAAGUGACUGAAUUUUUCUGGAAGUUUGAGGCGGCUUAUGAGUUGGAGGCUAUCCGUGGAGUCGGUGCAGAAGAUUCAGAUCGAUUGACUCUUUGCAGUGGGACAGGGCAUGUAGAGCUCAAGACCAGCACCAAAAGCCCACCGCACCCGCAAUCCAAGGUAUCAGCCAACGCAGACGUGAACAUAACCUUUCUCGUCAAGCAGCUGACAGGCUCCCCCCCGAUUCCUGUUUUCAAGGUCGACCGCCUGUGCCCAAAGUGCCGAACCCCGCGGCGCAACGCACAGGUGGAGGAAGCCAUAAACUUCUGCAGCAGAUUGCUUCCUUGGACCCGUACCAUCAGCCAAUACUUGAACCGGCUCCGCAAGAUCCACCCCCGCAGGUCAAGCACUCCACCCGGAUCUUUUGACCUUUUCAUUCCAGCGCUUCCUCUUUUCACCAAGGGUGGAUCAAACAAACCUUCAACAAGCAGCGAUGCUUUGGUCUUACUGGGCGAGGAGGGUGAAGAGGCAAAGCUUGUUUUGAGCGCCUCGGACGGAAAUCGUCUCCUGGGCGAGGAGUUCAGAGCUUUGCGCGAACAGCGUGACAACCUCAUAGAGAUUUUCCCAGACGAUGGUAGCAUCUACACAUGGUCGGAGUCUUUCAGGGCGCUCAUCGUGCAACAUUGCGAACACGUUCUGGUGCAGUGGUUGGAGAUGAUAGACUACGUGGAACACAUGCUACGUGCUCAGCUUGUGGCAGCUAUCGGCAAGGAGGUCAAGCCCGCAGAGUUCGCUUCAUACAUGCGCUUCCACUACCGCAAGUUGUUCCGAGAAGCAUACCAACCUUGUCCCUGCAGUUUCGCAAUCCGGCGUUCCGACAAGCACGGGCCUGAGGGCACAAUCAGCAUUGAAGAGGAGGCCUUGGGGUUGCAGGAUGAGGCCAGCAUCAAGACUCCGAUUUGCGCUAUAACAGCUGUUGGCCGCACUCCAUCAACAAUGACUUUCCCUCUCAACCCCUCAACCACGAUCUCGUUCGGAGGAGAGGUUCAUCUGCAUGCCUGGCUGGACCAUCAAUUCUCCGGUGAGUCUGCCUCGAAACUGUCUUUGGUGUCCAGGGCACGGCAAUUCAGUUCAUUCAUGGUACUGAUCGGCCGGGUAUCAUCCCCCACUUCCUUUGAUCCGAAGUAUGCGGCACUGGUGCAGAACAAGGAUGAGCUGGAGAUCCCUCUGGAGCUUUCCACCAUUCCUACGCCUAAGGAGUUCAAGGAUGCGAUAGAGUCCUUGUCCCCUCAGCAGCAGGAAUUCGCCAAAGCCUUUCGCGCGAUGCAGCUGGAGAGCACGCUCUUUGCUGUCCUAGUCGUGCAGAUCAAGCCACAGCUCGAGAAACUUCUGAACCUUUCUGAAGACAGCCUGACGAAGGAGAUCAAGCUGACCCAAGACUUGAUGCAGCUCUUCAUCAAAUAUCAGAUCCCAAGCGAUCUCCUCUCCUUUACCACCGACCUCCUUCCAAGUGGCAAUGCCUCAGCCGCGGAUCGCCUGAGGGUGGUCAAGCGCCAGGUCCAGGCCAUGCAGGACAUGAUUGAAGCAGAGAAACGUGAAGAGUUGGAACAACGAAGGAAGGAGGAGGAGCAUCGGCGACUGGAGGCAGAGCGCCAGCGCCGGGAAGAGGAGGAAAGGCAGCUGCAGAUGUUGGAACUGCAAAGGAAAAUGGAGGAGGUGCGCCAAAUCUCCAACCAAAGCCUCAACGACAUGAUGGAGCGAAGUUGCAACCUGUCGGCGAGCGCAAGCAACACCUUCUACAAACAGGCUAAGAAGAGCAGUGGCUCGGGAUUCUUCGGUGGCAUGACAAAGGCUUUGACAGGAGCUUUCACAGGAGGAUCAUCUUCGCGAGAAAGGUGCAGAAUCUCUGAAGCUGAGCCUGAGAUGAAACGGAGCUCUCAGCCUAAACUUGACAAGGCAACACCUAGGCGUCGUCUGAGUCUGGGUGGUGCUGAGCCUACGCGGCCUAAACCUACUGAGGCCGCCACGGAGGCGCGAGAGCCACAAAGCUCAAAACAAGCAGAGCAAGAGCCAUCCCAGGCCACGCAGCCGAGGGAAAAUGCCCAGCCAACAAGGCCAGGGCAGCCAGAAGCUUUGACCACGUUGGAGGUUCGCGACUACACCCAGGUCCCCAAGGAGUUAGAUGAACAGUUUGAGAAGCUGGACCCCGACAGCUCUCUGCGGCCCACCAUCAUCAAUCCAGGGAGCACGUGGACGAAGCGAUCACAAGCUGCCCUGCUGGCUUCUGCACAUACCAAAUCCCUCACCUCGGAUGAGCAGAAGCGAGAAAGGGAUGCCGCCUUUGACCUGCUUGACGCCAUCACUAAGUCAGGUGCUUUACCACUGAGCCAUGCUGAGUUGCACAUCAUCGUGGCAGCGACGCACUGCUUCGACAAGACGGUCACCGAAACAGUCGUUCAGGACAACAUCAACCCAAUUGCAAAGGUCGAGCGGUCAAGCUUGAUCAUGGCUUCUACGGUCCAUCAGCAGCAUGCUUCCUGCCUCAUGAAUGAGUCAAGCCAAGUGCGUGUGAUGGCUGACUCACCCCAGCUCUUCCUGGAGGAUGAGAAGGCUGAGUCUGCUGCCUGA